AUGGCAGGACUGUGGAAAGCCUAUUUAAGGAUCCUGUCAACAGAUCCUUGGAAAGUGCAAAUAAUGACUGCAGGUACUUUAGUUGGAUUUAGUGACAUAAUUACACAGCAACUGAUUGAACGGAAAGGACUGGCAAAUCACAACAUGAAGAGAACAAUAAAAUUGACAUCUAUAGGGCUGUGUUUUGUGGGUCCUGUUCUUGGAGGCUGGUAUAAAUUACUAGAUCAGCUCCUUCCUGGAAACACCAAAAUUGUGGCAUUAAAGAAAAUGUGUCUUGAUCAGGGUUUACUUGCACCUAUUUUUUUGGGCUGCUUUAUUUCAUUAACUGGAGUUCUGAAUGGCCUUUCGGCAGAUGAAAUCUGGCUCAAGUUAAAUAAGGAUUACAAAGAUACACUGAUUACGAACUAUUAUAUCUGGCCAGCUGUUCAAAUGACAAAUUUCUACUUCAUGCCACUGAAGCACAGGGUGGCGACUGUUCAGAUUGUUUCUGUAAUGUGGAAUUGCUAUCUUUCAUGGAAGACCCAGAAACCAUAACGGAUCCAUCAGAGCAACUCAUGUACCUCUGGGAAAACUAAUAGAUUUGGUUAACCCCUUGACGUGAUCUAUUUACCUGUUAGAACCUAUGAAACUAUUUGGACGUUUGCUCCUCCAAAUACUAAACAUAGCCCUGUUACAUAAAUCCUAAUAUUAAAUGGCAGCACCCCCCGCCCCCCCACCACCGACUUCAAGAAAGCAGCUUCUGACAUCUAUGAAACUUUUUAUGAAGCAAGGAAGGAAAAAGCCAGUAGUUUCCUAAUAUCUAAACUUACUGAAAAAACAUCUAUAACAUAUAAAUAAACAAACUGAAU